UCCUGGCUCUAAGCUAUCCAGCCCGGGAGGCGGGGAAGCAGCCCGAGCGCGAACGCCACGGCAACCACCCUCAGCCUCCAGCCGGAGAAACAGUCCGUAGGCCCUGGAGCCCGGCCGGGCCCUUGGGAAGCCGGCGCCGCCCCCGGGGAGCCGCUGGGCUAGCCCCUACCCGGCGCGGAAGGCGCAGAGGAUAUUCCUGGUGACCCUGAAAGAGUCCAUAUCAUGGAAUCAAUCUCUAUGAUGGGAAGCCCUAAAAGCCUUAGUGAAACGUUUUUGCCUAAUGGAAUAAGUGGUAUCAAAGAUGCAAGAAAGGUCACUGUGGGUGUAAUCGGAAGUGGGGAUUUUGCCAAAUCCCUGACCAUUCGGCUUAUUAGAUGUGGCUAUCAUGUGGUCAUAGGAAGUAGAAAUCCUAAAUUUGCAUCUGAAUUUUUUCCUCACGUGGUAGAUGUCACCCAUCAUGAAGAUGCUCUAACAAAAACAAAUAUAAUAUUUGUUGCUAUACAUAGAGAACAUUACACCUCUCUAUGGGACCUGAGGCAUCUGCUUGUGGGUAAAAUCCUGAUUGAUGUGAGCAAUAACAUGAGGAUAAACCAAUACCCAGAAUCCAAUGCUGAAUAUUUGGCUUCAUUAUUCCCGGAUUCCUUGAUUGUCAAAGGAUUUAAUGUUGUUUCAGCUUGGGCACUUCAGUUAGGACCUAAGGAUGCCAGCCGUCAGGUUUACAUAUGCAGCAACAAUAUUCAAGCUCGACAACAGGUUAUUGAACUUGCCCGCCAGUUGAAUUUCAUUCCUGUUGACUUGGGAUCAUUAUCAUCAGCCAGGGAGAUUGAAAAUUUGCCCCUGCGACUGUUUACUCUCUGGAGGGGGCCAGUGGUGGUAGCCAUAAGCUUGUCCACAUUUUUCUUUCUUUAUUCUUUUGUCAGAGAUGUGAUACAUCCAUAUGCAAGAAACCAGCAGAGUGACUUUUACAAGAUUCCUAUUGAGAUUGUGAAUAAAACCUUGCCUAUAGUUGCCAUUACUUUGUUGUCUCUGGUAUACCUAGCAGGUCUCCUGGCAGCUGCAUAUCAGCUUUACUAUGGCACCAAGUAUAGGAGAUUUCCACCUUGGCUGGAGACCUGGUUACAGUGCAGGAAACAACUCGGAUUACUAAGUUAUUUCUUCACUGUUGUCCAUGUUGCCUACAGCCUCUGCUUGCCGAUGAGAAGGUCAGAAAGAUACUUGUUUCUCAACAUGGCUUAUCAGCAGGUUCAUGCAAAUAUUGAAAACUCUUGGAAUGAGGAAGAGGUUUGGAGAAUUGAAAUGUAUAUCUCCUUUGGCAUAAUGAGCCUUGGCUUGCUUUCCCUCCUGGCUGUCACUUCCAUCCCUUCUGUAAGCAGUGCUUUAAACUGGAGGGAAUUCAGUUUUAUUCAGUCUACACUUGGAUAUGUUGCUCUGCUCAUAAGUACUUUCCAUGUUUUAAUUUAUGGAUGGAAACGAGCUUUUGAAGAAGAGUACUACAGGUUUUACACACCACCAAACUUUGUUCUUGCUCUCGUUUUGCCCUCAAUUGUAAUUCUGGGUAAAAUUGUAUUAUUUCUUCCAUGUAUAAGCAGAAAGCUAAAAAGAAUUAAAAAGGGCUGGGAAAAGAGCCAAUUUCUAGAAGAAGGCACUGGAGGAACAAUUCCUCAUCUUUCCCCAGAGAGGGUUACAGUAAUGUGAUGAUAAAUGGUGCUCACCCCGCCAUAUCAAGUGUUACUCACAUCAUUAUUUUUAUGACUUCCUCUGUGUUUGGUUGUACAUGUGCUGUCAAAUAACUAUGGUUUGAAAAUCUGUUAAGUGAUAUUUCAGUUGAAUUAGUAAUAGAAUUUUCUCCAAGUUAGCUUUCACAAAUGUCCUAUUUUGCCAAUAUGAAUUUUUGUAGUCAACAUAUUGUUGAAAUGUAGGUAUGUUUUGUUUUGUUUUGCAUAACUGUAACACUAUUGUUGUUUUAUCUAUAUUUCAUAAUCAGGCAAUGUAUAUAUAAUUAAUAAUAUAAAUAUAUGUUAAAACAAUAUGCAAACCAGCAGAAUCUGAAGCUUUAAUAUGAUUCAAUGGAUAUGCUCUUUUCUGAAGCUUAAGUAAGGCUUUAAUUAUUAUCCAAUUUAAUAAACAAAAUUGUAUAAUUAUACAUUAUUAGAAAAGGACAAUUAUGUUAAUAUCUAGGUAAUGGUACAUGGUAACAUCCAUAUACUUCUCUCAUAAGAUACGAGUUGAAGAUUGUAAUUAAUUGUAUGAAGCAAUGUGUUUAAUUAAACAAACACAAAUUAAAAAGACAAACUUGAAAUUAUAUUUAAAAUGCACUGUAGACAUGAAAUACAACUGAUAAAACACAACUCAAGGAAGAUUUUAUUUUUUAUCAUGUUACAGAGCAGUUUAAUUUUCAUCUUAAUUAAAUUGAACAGGGAAAGGACUCAGAACUAUUUGGCCUCCAAAACUGAUGUAUAUACACAUAUAUAUAUUAUGUAUAUACACAUAUAUAUAUAAAUAAUAGUAUCUGUCCUGGAAAUUGGAUAUUAUUCUUAGAGCAAAAGUACAGGUUUAGAUAUGUAUGGUGAUGCUCAUCUAUAAUUCCAGUGACUUGGGAGGACAAGGCAGGAGGAUUGCAAGUUCAAAUUCAGCCUCAGCAACUCAGUGAGGACCUAAGCAACUUAGCAGUGACCCUGUCUAAAAAUAAAAAAAGCUGGGGAUGAAGCUCAGUGGCAAAGUGCCCCUGUGUUCAAUGCCCAGUACCAAAAAGCAAAAAAAAAAAAAAGUGUACAUAUUACAUACAAGUAGUUAUUUCUCAGAUGAGCUUUGCUGUUGCACCUUAGUUAUCACCACUCUCUGUGAUAGGGGAUAUUACUGAUGCUCAUUCUAGGAUUUUAAGUACUAGGCAUGGUUGUAUUACCCCACUUAAUGCUUAUAAACAUUAAGCUCAAAAACAUGUGAGAAAGACAGUUAUCUUCAUUUUACAUAACUGAAGGAUAGAAAAGUUAUUUUCCCAAGGUCACACAGAGGCUCAGUAAGCAUUCAAGUCCAGGCAGACAUGUUCCAGAAGCCAGGCUUUAAUCACAAGGCUCUACAGCCCCUGCUCCAUCCCCACACAUUACAUUCAUGAUGCCAGCCUAGAUACCUUCUCUCUUGUAUAAAAGCAGCAGCAUUCUUUAGAGUAGGUCGUGUGCAUCAAAAGAUAUAUGAAACUCUGCCAAUUGUAAAUUUAUUAUUGCUUGCAAGUAAGUCCAUAGUUAUUUACCUGGCCUGGAGUGUGAGCCUGGAGACCCCCAAUAGUGCAUAUACCCACCUCUGCAGUGAAGACUCAAGCAGAGAGAGGACCACAGCAGUGAUAAUGAAAUUACUGAAAUCUUGCAGAAUUAAAAAAAAAUCCCUGAAAAAUUGGAUAUCUCCUUUUCUCUUCCUGAGAGGCCUCCUGCCUGUACAACCAUUCAUUAAGGAACAAUUUAUUAGCAUGAAGGAUAUUAAGAUAAGUGGUUAAUUAUACAUCUAGAGGCAUAUAAUCAUAUUAUUCAUAAAAUUUCUCAGUGCUGACAUUCCACAUGUAAACUGCAUUUUGUUCAAACCUUAUAAUAUCCUACAUUUUCCUCAUUUUCUCUUUCUUACUAAAAUAGGAAGUUGCAGACGAGAUACAAUUAUAUCCAUUCCUCUUCCUGAAAUUAUGUCAUUUCUCAACUUACCUAUUGACUUGAAUCCAGUUGCCAAAAAAAAAGGACUUACUUAGUGUAGUCUACCUUUCCUGCCAAUGAUUCUUCUCCUACGACUGCACUGUCAGUCUGGUAAAUCUCUCAACCUUCUCUGAUGUUCUCUUUUUGGUGAAUUUUAGUACCUUGUACUUCCUAAUUGAGCUCUCCAUUUUCUUUGUGUUAAUUACAUCUCUCCCCUCUAAAUAAUCCCCUUCUUGUUAGUUCUUGGUAGGAAUUCAGUUGGGUGAUAACUGUUAGGGAUAACUACUUAACCAUGCUAUUAUUGUGAACUAGUGAAAAUAGCUUGUUUUCAAUGCUUUUCUUGAUCCUUAAAUUUCAUUCUCAAGACUAUGCUUUACUCAUUUAAUGUGAAAAUACAAUGAAAUAUUUCCAAAAGUUAAGUAAAUAUUAAAGUUUAUUGUCAUAUGUAUAUUUUAAGUAGCCAGUGAUAUGAAUAAAAUUAUCACUAGUACAGAUAAUUGAGAACAUGGAAAAUGUGAAAAAACAAACUGAUGAACAUGUGUAAACGAAGCAAAUAUUAUUGCACAUGACAGUAUUUCUUUUGCAUGCUACAAAAACAGAAUAAUUUUGAAAUUUUAGAAUAAAUGUAAUUCUAACAUUUAAUGGCCUUUCUAAAAGUGCGAGUCUAUUGAUUUUCAAUUGCUUUAUUUUACUGCUUCUGUGAGUUUUUUCCCCUUAUUUUUCAUAUCUUUUACUUUUUGGAAUCAUUUUUUUGGCCUCAGUAGUAGAACUAAAUUUUGCUGUUGCUAGAUGUGAGGAGGUGGUGGUGGGCACAUUUAGAAGAGUAGAGAUUUAUUUCCUGAUCUGUGUUUGAGAAGUGGCCCUGAGAAAAUCGUAAGAAUGUAGAACAUAUAUAUUCCCAGUUUUUAUCCUAUGCAAUGAAAAUCAAUUUUUUUCCUAUGAGGAAACCAACCAUGAGCUAUAUCAAACUACUUAGCUUUUGUAUACAGAUUUCAUAUCUCCUUUUAAGAAUAUUUAAUAUCACAUUUAGAUAUAAUUAUAUUCAUGGUAACAUUUAUUUUUCAAAGUGUACAUGAAAUUUAGCCCAGACUGUCUACAUAUGAGAUUUUUAUUUAAAUUUAAAAAUAUUUAGACAUAUGAAUAAAUUAUAUUUAUAGUUGUUUAUCAGAGGUAAUUAUUUUGUGCUACAUACAGGGUUAGUGUUCAGAUGACUAAUUAAUUUCUUCUAAAUUAUUACAACCUUGAGUUGACUAAAGAAUUUUACUUUCAAAAUUAAUUUAAUAAUAGUAAUAUUAGAUAUAUUAAUACUUACAGCCAAAUUGUGAAAAUUACUUGUGUAAAAGGGCUUCAAGAAUAUAUCAGAUCCAAUUUUUGUAUUAUUUAUCUCUUAUGGAAAACAACUUUACUUAUUUUAAUUGUCUUUUGCCAUUAAACUACUCCAUAAAAAAUUCUGUUCAGAGAACAUCCCCUGCUCCAAAAAGAGGUUUAUUUAUGAUAUUUAACUUUUGUUUGUUGGUUUUAAAUAAUUGUACCAUAAGUGUAAUUCAAAAGUAUUUCCUUAGGAAAACUGUAAACACUGAGCUAAUUAUACCUAUGUCUAGCUAUAAAAUCCUUGUUUUGAAAUAAGUAUUUAAACAGCCUAAAAGAUUGUGUUUUAAUUCUUUCAUAAAUUCACAACUUAAAGCAGUGCUGGCAGGGUGCGAUGGCUCAUGCCCGUAAUCCCAACGACUCAGAGACUGAGUGAGGCAGGAGGAUUGCAAGUUCUAGGCCAGCCUCAGCAAUUUAGUGAAAUCCUGUCUUGAAAUAAAGGGAUGUAGUUCAAUGGUAAAGCACCCCUGGGUUUAAAUCCCGGUACAAAAAAAAAAAAGAAAGAAAGAACAAACAAAGUAAUGCUAUCAUAGUACACUUCAGUCUAGUGUUAAGGUUUAUAUUUGUAAUGUGUCUUCAUGAAAAUGAGAUGCUCCACCCUCAAUUGUUCAUAAGUCAGUAAAGGAGAUUGUGGUAUACAUUCAGAAUAGGCAAUUAGCUCUAAAUGAAAUCAUAAUAAUUUUAGUGGAAACACAAUCUGUUUGGACUUUAAACAGUGAAUUUUACAGGAAUGAAUAGGUUCUUGGGUUUUUUAGUGUGAGGAAAUUAUAAAGUACUUAAUUUUCAGUUUGUCCAUCUGAUAUUAAAAAUAUUUUUGUUCAUCCUAAUAUACAUAAAUACUGAUUUUUUUAACUUUACAAAUCAUUGAAUUUUCAUUGUCCCUUCUUCCAAAAUUAAGGCUGACUACAAAUUCUUCCAUUUGCUAGAUGGACUAAAAGCAUCUGCUUUUCUAUGAUUUCCAAAUUGCAAACUUCAAGGAAAUAUUCUGUCCAAGAUUUUCUUCCAAGGUCUUUCAUAGCAUUGCAGAUGGUGAGCAUGAACAGGGACUGGAAAUUGUUUUCCAGUGUCUAUUUACCCUACUUCUAUUCUAUAAAAGCAGCCAAUCAUCAGUUUUCAGCUGCCCUUGCAGUUGGCUGUCUGUGCUGAUGAAUUCUCCAAGGAAGGUCACAGCUCUUUAUCAUCCCUCCAUCUUGCUGCUGGGGUUAUGGAUACAGCAGGAUCUGGAGCAACUAUUCCCAAAACUCAAGGCUAUACCCUAAGGAAGAUAGAUUAGAGACUACCAGAAAUACUAUAACAAUUUCACUACUUCCACAGUUUUUUCUUGCAUUAAGUAUUAUAAAUUUGGGUUUCUUUGUUAGAUGAAGUCAAAAUUAAUUCUUUCUGGUCUUCAGUUCUUUAUCUUAAUGGCAUUUAAUACUGUUGAUUAAUAUAGACUGCAAUAAUUCUUUUAAAAGCUUUUAAAGGAUAAUAUGCAAUUCACAUUAAAAGUGAUUUUCCAUUGCUAAUUAACUACUCAUUUUCUUGCCUUGAUUUUUUCAUCUGAUGUUUUGUACCUGCUUGGAAAAUAUGGAUUUCUUUGUAACUGUGUAAUUCACAUUUGCUAAAACUAUGUAAUCUCUAAUAUACUGCUAUCAAGUUACAUGCCAUGUUUUUAUAUCAUUCUCAUAGAUCUGCCUUAUACAUAUUUAAAUAAAAAGUACUAUUUAAUGUUUUAA